CGCAUGCGCACUUCCGUCCCCGGAUUCGCCGUGACAAAGAUGGCGGACGUUUCUUUGGACGAAUUAAUACGCCGACGCAAUUUUAACGCCAGAGGAGGCCUUAAAAGGCCGACCUUUGGCAGAGGGGCGGGGCUAACAGGAAGAGGAGCGGGCUCCAUAGGGAGAGGGGCGGGGCUUAUGGGCCGCACAUUUGACGCCCGACAGAAGAUCGGCACCACUGAUGUCAGACAGAGGCUCGGAGGAAGUGGAGCAUUCCAGGUGAAGGAUGCGAGGGAGAAGCUGGGUCAGAAGGAUGCACGUUUCCGUAUUCAGGCCAGAGGGGGCGCUGUGAGCGCAGUGCAGGAUGCCAGACAGACCAUAAAUUCUCGUAAACAACAGCAGGUCCAAGAUUCUCCCUUAGUAACCACCUCUCAGACCGCAAUCCCACACAUCCACAUCCAUAACAACAACAACAAUCCCAGCAGCACCGGCGUCAGGUCCUUCCCUACCAUCCAGGGACUCGGUAGCAGAGUGGGCGUGGCCAUACAGCCCAGAGGCGGGAUCACAAAAGUGGUGGAUGCACGUGACAGGCUGAGUCUGAAGAGAAGCGUGUCAUCGCUGCCCAGUCAGGGAUCUGCAAAUCCGCUCAAGAUCACCAAAACUAUCCAGCAGAGGCCUGUUGGUAUGACCAGUGGGAUUCGCAUCAAUGUACCUAGCAGAGCAACUCAGGUAAGUGCGUCCAAUGAGGAGGAGGAGGAGGAGCCUGUGGUUCCUAAUAAACAGUUAAAGUUCACUACGACCAAUGACCUGGCACCAACACGGGUGGGUGGAGGUUUCUCCGUCUCUACUCCAAUCACCAAAGUGGUUAAGAAUGACUCGUACCUGGCUCCGCCCCCUGCAGCCUCUGCUGCUGCUGCUGCUGUUGCACCUACUCGCUCUAAUCCCCGCCCUCCUGCGCAGACUCCUGAAAACACCAGCUCUCAGCCUGCACAGCCAGUGUUCAGUCCGUUGGAGGGAACCAAAAUCACAGUGAAUAAUCUCCACCCGCGUGUCACAGAGGAGGACAUAGUGGAGCUGUUCUGUGUGUGUGGAGCGCUGAAGCGAGCUCGGUUGGUGAAGGUCGGAGUGGCCGAGGUGGUGUUUGUGAGGAAAGACGACGCCAUCAGCGCUUACAGGAAAUACAACAACCGCUGUCUGGAUGGUCAGCCGAUGAAGUGUAACCUGCACAUCCAGGGUAGCAUCAUCACUUCAGACCAGCCCAUCCUGCUGAGACUGAGUGACUCUCCCGGUAAGAAGGAGACUCCCUCCUCGACCGUGUCCCGAUCCACACCUCGCUCCAGCUCUGCUGAAGUGGAUCCUCAGACCAUCCUGAAGGCCCUGUUUAAAUCGUCCAAUCAGAGUUCGGCCACUACAGAAACUCCUCCCCCAGCUGCAAACUCUACAGCCUUCCGUAUCAAGAUCUAAAACCACACAUACACACACUCUACAGCCGUCUGCAUCCAGUUCUAACACACACUCUUCCACCGGUACGUGUCCGUUUGCGAGUGCUGCGUCCUGUUUGUUUAAUUGCACGGUUCUGUAUGAUGGUUCACGUUGUGUUUAGCCAAUCAGUUUACAGGAGAUGUUGUCCAUCAGCUUUACUGUGGAGAUCCUGAUUAUUAUAUUAUCUGUAAUAAUAAUUAAUCAUCUUUUACAAUAUUUCUUCCUAAUGUUAGCUAGGAGGUAAGUGUGCUAGUCAGGGUAAGCUAGCUAUGAUAUGACUAGCUUUGUGUCUUUACCAUUUCCCACAUCUCACAGUAGAGACAGUUUAAUAAUAAUUCGAGAGGCAUUUUUUUUAAUGUUUACCUGGUUUCCGUAGCGACGCCCGUAACCGCACUCCAUAGAUACAUGGGUAGAGAACCAUCAAACAGGUUACACUCUCUGCAAGAGGACACGUACCGUCUCCCUCGUACACAUACGCCGUCCUGGUAAGUGUGUGUGAAACAAGUGCAGGUUCAGUGUGUGUUUCUGUCUCAUAAGAACUGGUAUUUUGUUUUUAAAUUACACACACACACACACACACAGGCUGAUGAUGACGAUGGUGUACAUGCUGUGUAUAAAGACUUGUUUAGACGUGUUGUUUCUGUGCGGAGGGCGGUCCUGUCCUAAUCCUCUGUCUUCAGCUCUUUGUAGUGUUGGUGAUUUGGGACACAGCCCUGACCACACCCCCCUCCCCUCACACACACAGGGUGGGGCCGUGUGUACAACUGUGUGUCUGUAUUGAACUUCCUGUUUGUUUUUUCUGCAGUAAACUCUCGCUUUAUAAUAAA